AAGGUAAAGGGCGGAGGGAAGCAGACGAGUUUGUCAUAGCGGCGACAUCAGUAGGAGUAACUUGGGAUCCGGCCAGUCGUAAGACAAAAUGGCUAUGACGGGGUCAACGAGUCAACUAUGUCACGUGGUACUACUGGGUCUAGUGAUGCUGAUGGUGGGCCAGCACGCCCUGGGUCAGACCCCCUGCCCCAUCCAGUGCCGGUUCUGCUCCGACAACACCGCCAACUGCUCAAGAAAGAGUCUCACCGCUGCACCGACAAGCUACCCUAGGGGCACGACAGACAUAGAUCUACAACGUAACAACAUCAGAGUGGUGGGCACAAGGUCUUUCACACGAUCAGAAACAGUCGAGUCACUCAAGCUCAAUGGCAACAAGAUUACCAUCUUACGGGAUAACGCACUCAGCAACUUCCCAAACCUGCUGUCUCUGGAUCUCAGUGACAACAAGAUCACCAGCAUAUCCGCUGGUGCCUUCCGUAACCUGCGGCUGCUCCGGACUCUGUUCCUCCAGAACAACAAGCUGGCCAGCCUGGGGUUCCUGGACCAGGUCCCAAGCUUGACCCAACUUAACCUCAGCAAAAACAAACUCCGCGUCAUCGGGGAGACGGAGUUCUCCAGCCUGGGUAAUUUACAUGGCCUUGACCUCAGCAGUAACGAAAUAACAACUCUGCACAGGCGAGCUUUUAAAAACCUGAGGAGUCUGAGAAAUUUAUUUCUCAACCACAACUAUAACUUAGCGACAACUCCGAGAUUUGAGUUCACCACAGAGUACCUACAGCUGGUGGACUUCUCUAAAUGUGCACUGAAUGAAGUUCCUGGGCCCUUUCCUGCCUCCGUCACAGACCUGAGGCUUGGUUUUAACAACAUCAAAGUGGUUAAUGACACGGACCUGAGCAACAUCACCAACUUGCAAAUUCUGACCAUGAACAACAACAAGUUACAAAUAGUUGAUGAUGGUAUCAUGUCCCACUUGACUGAGUUGACAGAUAUAUGGCUCAGACAGAACGAGCUGACGUACAUCCCACGAAGACUUCCAGACGGUGUCAAACGAUUACAUUUAGACUCUAACCUAAUCCAGACCAUCGAGCUUGACCUCUUCACCAACCGCUCGCGCCUGGAGUUCUUCAACGUUCAGGAAAACCUGAUCAACAGCAUCACGCCCAACACGUUCAGAGGCCUGCAAUUCCUCAACACUCUCAACUUUGAGCUCAACAGAAUCGAAGUUCUGGAGAGCAACACGUUCAGCCACCUUGGCAGCUUAAGUAGACUGUUGCUGGGCAGCAACCCCAUCAGGAAAAUUGAAGCGGGGGCCUUUGAGAACCUGGCUAACCUGACAGAACUGUCUUUGUCCUAUAUUUCCUCGGAACAAUUUGAAAUCAUGGGCAGAUUUCUGCCGGAAAUGUUGCGCCUGCAGAAGCUUGACCUCAGAGCCAGCCCUGGGUUAGCCGCUGCCUUCAUGACCAUGCUGGACAACUCCGCACUCAGCAACAUACCCCUUCAGUUGCUGACCAGCAUUGACCUCAGCUAUAAUGACCUGGAGUGGGUGAGUCCACAAAUUCGAGCCAUCUUCCCACAUCUCAACUUCAUGAGCCUUGACGGUAAUGCUCUGAGGUGCACACGGAGACUGAAAUGGCUGAAGGACUGGAUGGCUUCAACAAACACCAUCACCUUCUACCAGGAUGAGGAGCUGCUGUGUAAUAAACCAACACGACUGCAGGGUCGGCCCAUUUCAUCUCUUGGAGAUAACGAAUGGGCCAGUGAGGACGAGCAGGACACAGAGGUUCUGAGUGACCCCUUCAGCAGUCAAAGCCAGGCAGACCAGGCUAAAGCACCAGAGCUGGUGCCUCUGGCAAUGACUGAUGACAACCCAGAAGACGGUAAGAAGGUUAGGAAAGAAAAACAAAGAAACAAGAAGGGAAAAGGCAGUAAAUCAUCAUCCCAACAAGGUGAAAAAACCCCCAAAGAAACGGAAGCAAGCUCCAAGCCAAUUAAAGAUAACCCCAAAAAGUCUGAAACAAGCUCUCAAAAGACUGAAACAAGUUCCAAACAAAGUGAAACAAGCUCCAAAAAAACUGACAAGAAAGGUAAAAAGAAUAAGCAAGGAAAGAAGAAACAAUCAGACGCCAAGGAAGCACCAAAGAAAGGACAAAAAGACAGAAAACCUGCAGCCACUGUAGAGUGACCCAAUGGUCCACUAGGCUUGAGUCAGACAUGACCAGUCCCACACACCUAUUCAAACAUUGCAUCUACUUCAUGUAUACAGCAUAUAUACAUCAUGUUCUUUGUGAUAUGUAGAACUGCGUUAGAUUAACAAGUUUAUCAAAGAUAUCUAAAUAAGUGUGAAUAAAGAACUGUAAUAUA